UAACCUUUUUCUUUUGGUAAACAUAUAUUUGUAGAUUAAAUAUGUUUCGCACUUAUAAUUUUAUUUUUAUACAUGAGACUUAUUUUGUAACAUGAAAUCUUAAUAUUGAUAAAACUAUUUAAAUACUAAUUUUAUAUACAUGAGAAGGCGCGAAAAUUUUGGUCACUUCUUCGACAUUUAAAUAUUUUCGGAAGAUUUAAGAAUUACGUUCAACUGGAUUUAAAUUACUUAAUAAUUUAAUAAGUGUUUAUUUAAUCAAUUUACGAAUAAUAAAUUGUAAAAAAUAUAACAUUAUUUAUGAACAAAAUAACAAAUUAUAAUCGUUUAAAUUCUCAUAAGGAAGGGAAAUAAAUCUACCAGUCGAUGUUGAAUCGUCUUUGUCGACCAAGUAAUUAAUAUUUUUAUGUGAAAGGUACAACAUGAACUUAAGCUAAUCAUGAAGAUAGAUAUUCAUCCAUUAACAAACAAUCCUACAGCAGCUUGGCGUGAACUGUCACAGCAGCAAAAAGUGAUUAAAAUAAAUACCAAACUUCCAACAACUGAAGCAGCAAAUGAUAAACUCCGUGUUGUUUGUAUGAGUGAUACUCAUUCAUUAACACCAUUCAUAAAAUUCGAUAUACCCAUGGGAGAUGUGUUUAUACAUGCUGGAGAUUUUACAAAAUGUGGUAGUUUACAAGAAGUCAUAGAAUUUAAUAAUUGGAUUGGUAAUUUGCCACACAAAAAUAAAAUUGUUAUAGCUGGUAAUCAUGAACUUAGCUUUGAUCCCACAUUUACUCAUCCCUUUUCUUUACAAACCAGUGGAAAUCGUCAAAAACAUACAGGGACCAGUAUUCUUGACAAUAUACCUACAUUAGGAAUGUCUAAGGAUACUCUUGCAGAAGCAAUACAGACUGCGAACGUUAAAGAAUAUUUGACGAAUUGCACUUAUUUAGAAGAUUCAGAAACUGUAAUACAUGGAAUAAAAAUAUAUGGUACCCCAUGGCAACCAGAAUUUUAUAAGUGGGCAUUUAAUGUACCUCGUGGAGAAGCAUGCCUUUCAAAGUGGGAAAUGAUACCAUCAGACACAGAUAUUCUUGUAACACACACACCUCCUGUAGGUCAUGGGGAUUUAUGUUGUAGUGGCGUAAGAGCUGGAUGUGUUGAGUUACUUUCUACAGUUCAAAAUAGAGUUAAACCAAAGUAUCAUGUUUUUGGUCAUAUACACGAAGGGUAUGGCAUCUCAUCUGAUGGGAAAAUCAUAUAUGUAAAUGCAUCAACGUGUGAUUUAAAUUAUUUACCAAGUAAUCCACCAGUAGUCUUUGAUAUAACAUUACCACCUGAACAUUGUAAAUCAUAAACAAAAUUAAAAAGUAUAACGAUAAAUUUCGUCACGUUUCUUAUGUACAAACGUAUACAAAUUUUAAUUUAUUUAUUCGUAUAUUUCUAUAAAUUUUUUGUAUUACAAUCUUAUCUAAGAAAAUGAAAAUUACAAGGCAGAUGUAAAAAAAAUUAUGAUUUUAAAAUAGUAUCAUUCACUUGAACAUAUUAAAAAAUUGUUGAAAGUAAUAUUUAGCAUACAUUUUUUACAAAUAUAAAAAUUUUAUAAUAAUGAUAUCUUUAUUUACACACAAUAACAUGUAAAUAGAACAGUUUUGUACUUAGAUAAAGUUUUAAUUUAUAUUAUUUUAAGAAAUUAUGUCACAAAUGUAUGUCUAAACAAAUUAUAAAAGCCUUGCGUAUUAUGUAUUUUGAAUAUAGAAAUUACAUAAUCUCAUCAUCAUAAAUUGUUGCACAUAAUACUAUAAAUUAAGUUACACAUUAAAUCAGAUAUUUCUAUCAUAUUGAAGUGUAUAUAAAAUCUUAGUCAUAUCAACAAAAUAUUUGGUAUUGUAGUUAAGAAAUAUAUCAUGAAUAACUUCUUUACAAUCGACUGUUACAAUUUCAAUUACAAUAUAACGAACAAUAUUUAUUAGUUGUAUUCCGUUCAAUAGUGUAUAAUAAUAUCCGAGUAUUAUAAUGCAACUUAUAUACCGUAGGUCAAUAUGUUAUAAUUAAUAACGAAAAUUAAACAAAUCAACUUGAUAUUUAAUUAGUGAACCAGUUAGAUUUUAUACAUAAUAUAACUUUUGAAAAAUAAAAUGUUUCUAAAUAUUUAAUCAAUAUAUUCAAAAUAUUAAUAGUAAAUUAAUAGUAAAAUGAUCAUGUACAUAAUUUUUCUAUUAUAGUAAUAAAAAAUUAAAAUUGCAUUUUUGAAAGAUAUUUAUUAUAAUAUUCAAUUCAUCAACAGGUAGCAUCUUUUACUGAAUUAAGAAAAAUUUGCAUGUAAACAUUGCUGUAUUUAUAUUGAUCUAUAUCUUUGUAUCAUAUUGAUACAAAGCUAAUUAUAAAAUCACUUUCCUCUAUUAAAUGAGGCAAUCAUUUUUUCCGGUAAUAGAAAUAUGCUCAUAUAAAUAGUGACUUGUUCAUUAAUUUUUAAAGACUGUAGUAGUAAAAGAUACUUGAAAAAAAUACAAUGUCUUUUUGACAUCAUUUUUCUAUUGUAUACAACAUAGUACACAGUGUAUUAGAAUAUUAUAAUACAUCGUACUAAAGCUGUAAAAGAUAAUUAUUCUGACGUGCUUAUCAGUUGAUAAAUUGUACAUACAUAUUGCAAAUUUUUACAUGUCUGUAAAAAAUGAGAUAUGCCUCUACGGCGUAAUUAAUUAUAUAUAUAUAUAUAUAUAUAUAUUUAUAUAUUUAAUUAUUUAUUUAUAUGUAUAUCGUAUAAAUGGCUACUUGCACUCGUUACGAUACUCUUUGUCCUCAUACAGUUUUACACAACUGUCAGGAUCAUUACGUCAUUUCUUAAUGCAAUAACAAAUUAUACAAUUUAAGUUAAACAAUAUAAUAGCUAUAUGUCCUAAAUGGAAAAAUGAUGUAUUCUGCAUAUUAAGUGACAAUCUAGCGAAAAUUUAAUUAUUUUUAAGCAAUUUUACUCUGUAACUUCUUUUUGUAUAUAUUACUUAUUAACUUAUAUUUUUUUUUUUCGAAAUGGACAAUAUAGUACGUUUUAGUUAUUUAAUGUUUACACAUGUCUAUCGAAAAAAAAUAUGUAUAGUUACCAAAUUAAAAACGGGAUAUUGGUGCUUAUCCCAAGUUGCUUUUAUAGGCAAAUUAGUUUAAACUAAACUAAGAAUAACAGUAAACGGAUGUAAAAAGAUUACAUUCUUCUUACAUAGUUUGAAAGAGUAUAUUAUCAGGAAGAUUUUUAUCUAAUACGGUACAUUUGAAAACAGGUACGAUACAGAUUCACCGUUAUGAG